AAAGAGAGAGAGAAAGAGAAAGAGAAAGAGAAAGAGAAAGAGAGUCUCCUCUUCUCUCACUCACUCACUCACUCACUCACUCUCAUUCUCAUACACAAACAUGGGACCAUACCAUUGUCCUUAGCUUAAAAAAAUUUCAACCUUUUCUCUGCAAGACAGGAUCCGACUCUGCCGCUUCUUCUCUCUCUCUCUCUCUUUGAACUAUACCCUAGCUAGCUACCCUUUCAUACAUGAAAAUGGAAGACCACCAUAACAAUCAUGGUCACCACCACCAUCAUCACCAUCAACAACAACAAUAUGGAGACAUAACAACUGAUCUAAGACAACUAGUGAACGGAACAAGGUUCCCUUCAUCGGAGGAGUUUUUUCCCGGUCAUCGGAAUCUAACAGCUUUGGUCACUCCACAACAACAACAACAGUACGAGAUGAUGAUGUUAGGUCAUCGUGGAGUAGUACUUGAAGAUUUCAAUACUAGCAUGAAUACAAUUGUUCCUCCUCCUCUUCCUCCAACAACAACAACAACAACAACAACAAGUGUUUCAGUUUCAACUCCUGAGACCGCAGGAUGUAUCGGUGGAGACGCAUCCACUGGAAGAUGGCCCAGACAAGAAACACUUACUCUUCUUGAGAUCAGAUCUCGUCUUGACCCUAAAUUUAAAGAAGCUAAUCAGAAAGGUCCCUUGUGGGAUGAAGUCUCUAGGAUAAUGUGCGAAGAACAUGGAUACCAAAGGAGUGGAAAAAAGUGCAGAGAGAAAUUUGAGAACCUUUACAAAUAUUACAAGAAGACAAAAGAAGGUAAAGCUGGAAGACAUGAUGGGAAGCAUUACAGAUUCUUUCGUCAACUUGAAGCUUUAUAUGGUGAAAACAGUAACACAACUUGUUUACCAGAAACCAAUUUUGUCAACAACUUCAAUUUCCAAAAAAAUCAAGAGAUUUUUCAUCACAAUAAUAAUAUUAAUAAUAGUAACAAUAAGAAUAUUUGUGAUGAUCAUAGCCUAAGUCUCACUAACUCAACUGAUUUUGACACAUCAUCAUGUGAUGAUGAUGACAAUGAUCAAAGCAAUGAUAAGAGGAGGAAGAGAAAGAGUGGAAGAAGGAGUUGGAAGGUGAAGAUAAAAGAGUUCAUUGAUUCACAAAUGAAGAAGCUUGUGGAGAAGCAAGAGGAGUGGUUGAGUAAGCUUGUGAAGACACUUGAGGAGAAGGAAAAGGAGAGGGUUUUAAGAGAUGAAGAGUGGAGGAAACAAGAGGUGAAAAGGGUAGAAAGGGAACAAAAAUUUUGGGCUAAUGAGAGAGCAUGGAUUGAAGCUAGGGAUGCUGCUUUAAUGGAAGCUUUGAAGAAUAUUAAUGGAAGAGAAAUGUUAAUGAAGGUUGAAGAUCAUGAUCAUGAUGAAGGUGUUAUAAUGGAAAGUCAUCAUGAGAUUCAAAACAACAUUGAAAAGAUGAAUGAAGCUGAAUCUGAAGAAGGGAACAAGAAGAGAAAGGAGAAAACAAGAAGUUGUUUUUACUUUGAUAAUAAUGAACAAUCUUCUAUGUAUAAUAAUCAAGGAAGUACUUAUUGUGAUGUUAAUGAUCAACAAAGAGAGGAGAGUAUUGUGAAGCUACAAAGGAAUAUUGAUCAUGAUGGUACUUCACCUUCCAAUUCCAAUGUUGGAAGCUUUCCCUUCUUGAUUAGUGAGGGUGGAAAUUUGUGGGAGAAUUUUGGAUUGAAGAUCAAUAAAGAAAACCAAAACCAUUGAGUGAAAUGGUUUAGGUUGAUUAAUUGUAUGUUUAAAUUAUGGUUUUAAAUUACGGUUGUAGUAGUUACGCUGCAAAUCUUUAUAUUGCAGAUGCAGAAAAAUGAUUACAACUGCAAUAUCAUUGUAGAGACUUCAAAAUCGACAGUAUUACGGCUGUAAUUACAGACUGCAAUUUAAAAUCAUAGAUUUAAUGCUAACUGAAGAGGGUUUAUGUAUAGAGAUUGAUGGUUAUUACUAAGUGAUCAAUCUUAAUGUGUUUAUGGGAAUUUCUAGGAGAAAAAAAUAACGUGUUCAAGUUUAGUGAUGGAGAAGAAGUGACAAAGUUCACUUGCUUCUUUGGAAUAUGACACCAAUUCAGGUGAGUUAAUUUUUGUACUUUUAUGCAUGAAGAUGGAAUUGAUAUUGUAUUAUUGUUACUUUGUUUGACGACACUUCAAUUAUGUUUGCAUCA